GGUUUAUCUCGCGCGCAUCCGCCGCGUGAAACGCGCGCGACGUACAGCUGGAAAGAGGAAGACGGCGAGGACAGUAAGCGGUGACGGGAAGCGGACGAGCGACUUGAAGAGGAGCGAGCAAGGAUUUUGUGUCGAGAGUGUCGAUUAUUAAUCGGUACAUGCGCGAUAAACUCGUCGGAUUCACCAGAGACGUUCGUAUCGGACUGCUUACGAUGUUUGAUUUCACCGAGAUAAACGUUUUGGACGACAACAUAGACGAGAUGGAUAUUAUUAAGAACACGAUUAACACUGAAAAACCGGAAGACGCUUUCUACGUCGCAGAUAUCGGUGGUGUUAUUAAGAAGCAUAUGGAGUGGAUCAACAAAAUACCGAGAGUCACCCCGUAUUACGCGAUCAAAUGCAACUCGGACCCGACCGUGAUCAAAGUCCUGGCGGCCAUGAACGUAUGUUUCGAUUGCGCGUCUAUGCAAGAAAUAAGGCAAGUGAUGCAGCACGGUGUGAAGGGCGAACGCAUCAUUUUCGCGCAUCCCGCCAAGUUGCCGUCUCACAUCAAAUACGCGAGAAAAGUGGGCGUCGAGCGGAUGACGGUCGACGGCGAGACGGAGCUGUCGAAGAUCCAAGAGUUCUUCCCCGAAGCCAAGGUAGUGUUACGCAUUCGCUGCGACGCGAAGAACUCGCCGGUGUCGUUGGGCACGAAAUUUGGUUGCGAGCCGUACGAGGAAGCGGUGCACCUCAUACAGCGCACCAAGGACCUCGGCCUGAACCUGCACGGCUUCAGUUUCCACGUCGGCACGCCGUGCAGGGAAGUGGACGCCUAUCGUCGUGGUAUCAAGACGUGCGCGCGCCUCAUCGACGUCGCCAAGACGAUCGGCUGCCGCGACGUCGAGCUGAUCGACAUCGGCGGAGGAUUUUCCGGUGAUUGCGAGGCCGAGAUCGACAGGUUCGCGAAGGUCAUCAACGACGCGACCCAAGACCUCGACCCCGCCGUGAGAAUCAUCAGCGAGCCCGGGCGGUACUACGUGAGCGCGAACUUCACGUUAGCCUCGUACCUGCAUUCCAAGCGAAUCGUUUCCGAAAACGGCGAGCUGAAGAGGAUGUACUACAUGAACUGCGGCGUGUACAAUUCAUUCUUGGACGAGUUGUUGGGUCUGCAGUCCCGAAGGCCACGCUUGCUCUUCGAGCCAAUCAACGACGAAGAAUUCUCUUCGAUCCUAUGGGGACCUACCGCGGACUCGUACGACUUGAUUGUUAAGGACGUGCCGUUGCCUGAGCUUUACGUGGGCGACUGGUUAGUUUGGAAGGAUAUGGGCGCUUACACGUUGUCUCUUUCUAACACGUUCAAUGGCUUCCCGAUUCCAGCCGUAAUGCCGUUCGUCAGGAAGAGCCAAUGGGAAAGCUUCCUGAAGCACAUCAAUCUCAAGUGAAAUGUGUUCUACUUCAAAAUUCGUCGGACGACACCACUCACUCAAAACGGACACAACUCUUCGAAGAAGGGCGAGUCGAUAACAUUUAAUGAGGUUUUGAUGAUAAUUGCUAAACGCUACCUUCGCGAAUCUUCCUGCUUCACAAGCGCGCGAUUCCUCCGGACUGCGCAAUUUUAUUAUACGUUUAUAAACUAUCACUACAUUUUUAUCAGUUAUCACUACUUGCAGUCAUUAUUUGCUAUUAUCCUUCAUUUUUUAUGCGCGACUUACUGUCAUGAAGAAAUAUAC